AUGAUAGCGUGGAUCUCUCAGGGUUUGGAGAAAGUCGUCCCGAAGCCUGAACUCAGCAGGAAGGAGACAGCCGCCGCCGAGCCGCCCGCUGAGGUGCGUCGGGCGGCAGCUGAAACAGCUGCAGAGCUGCAGGCCGCCUCAGGGGAUGGGGGGUCACACCGCGAGGACAAAACGGACAGCAAACCUCCGCCGCCCAGGAUGAUGGACUGGAUCAAACAGGGAAUAGAGAAGGUGGUUCCUCAGCCGGAGCUUCACGUUUGCCCAAAGACAGACGACAGUCUGAAGUCUGAAGCUGCCGCCUCCUCUAAAGUCCAGACUCCGGCUCCUGAACCUCCUCCGGCCCCCAAACCAGCCGCCGACAGCGAGAGGUCUUCCAAAGAAGCAGAGCAACAGCCCAAUAUGAUGGGAUGGAUCGUGAGUGGGCUCGGCCGCAUGUUACCUCAGCCGGUUCAGAAGCAGGAGUCGGGCAGCGAGGAGGUGCAGAGCAUCAGCAUCGUGCAGAAGAAGACAGACCUGGUGCUGGAGGACGUGGGACAGGACGAGGACAAGGAGGUGCAGCAGAAGGAGAAGGAGGCUGGAGGUGCAGAGCCUCUCAUGGAUCAGUGCGCUCCUCUGGUCGACAGCAUCAAGGAGGAGGUUGGAGAGGCCGUCCUGGCUCGCAUGGAGGAAAAGUAA